UGUCCUUUCGGUGAGAAGCAGGGUCUACUCGUGGGCAGUUGGACAUGGCCAAACGAAGGGGUGACCUGGGUCCACUACGUCGCGGCCUUUUAUUCGUUUAUGCCGAUGACGAUGGUUUUCGGCAUCAUGCUCUUUGGCCUGUGGACCCGAGGGCUGCGCGAAGUGAUCGCUUUCAUCUUCCAGUUUGUUUGUCUCGUGGUCAUGUUCAUCUUGAAAAUGAUCAUGCAACAGCCGCGGCCGCAGGGCUCCUGUAGCACAAGCUGCGGCAUGCCAUCCGGCCACACGCUUGUGAGCGUGGGGACGUUCGUGUGGAUCUUCAUGGAGGUCCACUAUGCCCAGUUGAUGGAUCAGAGGCAAAAAAACAUCAUCUUGGCGGUGGCAGGCGUUUUGCUGAUCCCAGUGGGGUGGAGUCGCGUGGUUUUCCACGACCAUUCCUGGGCUCAGGUCUUGGUGGGUGCAGUGAUUGGCGGCCUGGUUGGUGUGCUGUGGUAUGCCAUGUUGCAGCAUCGUUUGACCACCUGGAUCCUGAAGUUGGUAAAAGCAUGGCUACCCUUCAUGGAGCUGAACUAUCCUUUGGAGGGCCUAGUAGAAGAAGCACCUUGGGCACCCACUGCCUCAGCCUAUGGCGCCACGGGUACGCAGAAAGCGCAGGUUCGAUGAGAUCAGCGCGCUGAAUCUUGCCUUGUUCACACUAGACCUGGUUUCACGAGUAGUCUUGAAGUUCGGCCGAACUUGCGCCGUGCGGGUUGUGGCUGUGGUAGAAAA